GCCAAAGUACCCGUUACUAAUUGCAAGUAAAAUCAGUUUGAAGGACGAUAAUUUAUCUUCAUUGAACUAGUUGGAGGAGUAUACGAUCAUCGACCUUGACAUUAACGGAAACGGCAGGGGGCAGGAGCUUAUGUGAGCGGUGCGUGUUUUUUCUCUACCCCGUUGAACAGCAAAAAUGAGGUUUUGUGAGCACUAAUUCAGAAUAGCAGCCACAAGACCAGACAAAAUAUUGUGACGAGAUGGGAAGAGGUGGGAAGGCAGAGAACGGCACCAGGAAACUGGGUGUUUUCAGUGUUGAGGAAGUAACAAGCCACAACAAGGUGGAUGACAAAUGGUUGAUUAUUAACGGAAAUAUUUACGACAUAACAACAUGGGCCAAGAAACACCCUGGUGGUGCUAAAGUGAUCAGCCAUUAUGCAGGCGAAGAUGCAACGGAUGCCUGGGUGGCCUUUCACAAAGACAAGGAAUCUGUGGAGAAGUAUAUGAAGGCCUUGCAGAUUGGAGUCGUCAAAGAAUACAAACCAAGUCCUGUGAUAAAAGAUUUCCGAGAACUACGCAAGACAGUGGAGAAUUCAGGAUGGAUGAAGAUGAACCCGGUGUUUUUCGUAUGCCAGUUUCUCAGCCUGGUUGCCAUGGAGGUGGCAGCAGCAGCAACGAUGUACUACUACGGCACAGACUGGCUGCCAUAUAUGGUUGCAGUGCUGUUAUAUGCUACAUGUCAGGCCCAGGCAGGCUGGACACAACAUGACUAUGGCCAUCUUUCUGUCUUCAGCAGUAGUAAACUCAACCACUGGGCUCAUCAUUUAGUUAUAGGAUUCAUUAAGGGUGCCUCAUCACAUUGGUGGAACUUCCGCCACAACCAACACCACUGCAAGCCUAACACAUUGAAGAAGGACCCUGACAUUGAGAUCACCUACCUGUUCCUCCUGGGGGACUACCUGCCUGUCUCCUGGGGGAAGAAGAAGAAGGGGGUCAUGCCCUACAACUUCCAGCAUAACUACUUCUUUCUGUUGGGUCCCCCUCUUCUAUUACCAAUAUAUUUUCAUGUGGAAAACUUUUAUUUUGUAUUUAAAAGAAAAGACUGGUGGGACUUGAUGUGGACCACGCUGUUCUUCACGAAACUGUCGUUGGUGUACUCUCCCCUGCUGGGACACUGGGGGGCCUUCUGGUUCUACAUGCUGGUCAGGGUGGUGGAGAGCCACUGGUUUGUGUGGGUCACACAGAUGAGUCAUAUACCCAACGAGGUGGAGCACGACAAGCAGCUGGACUGGGUCAACCUGCAACUGGCCACAACAAGUAAUGCUGAGCCAAGUACCUUCAAUGACUGGUUCACUGGCCAUCUUAACUACCAGAUAGAGCACCAUCUAUUUCCCACAAUGCCUCGCCACAACUACUCCAAGGUGAUGCCUCUGGUCAAGUCACUAUGCAAGAAACAUGGCAUCACUUACAAAUGCAAAACACUAUAUAGAUCAUUUGCAGAUAUAUACAGCUCCCUCAAGAGAUCGGGUGAACUGUGGUAUGAUGCCUAUCAUGGGUGAAGCCAGACAUAAGAUGCCAUAUCACGCACCAGACCACCUUGAACAGCUGGAUCAUCAUCACACAUCAGUUGGAGGGCAGAGGCCCGUGUUGUAAAGGUUUACUCCCAUAAGAACUACAUCCCAUUUGAACUACAUCCCAAAUUAACUACAGGGAUUAAUUAUCUAAGUAGAGGCACCACCAUGGCAUGUAAUGAGCACAGCCCAUCAGCUCACCCAGAAGAACUCAGUGUAACAAAAUGUCAAACACCUCGAUGUGGAACUUGUUCAAUCAUAACUAAAGACUGCAAAUUUACAUUUUGUGAAGGCAAACUAUAUACAUGUACUAUCAAAACCAACCUGAACUGCAGCAGCUAAAAUGUUGUAUAUGUUUUAUUUGUUUUCUGUUGGGCAAAUCCAUUAAGCAGACGCAGGUGACAGCAUGUAGUUAAUCUGUGCACCGGACCAUAACAUAACAUGUGUUGUGUUAAGCUGUUGUGCUUAUGGGAUGUAGUUCUUACUGUUGUACAAGAGGAUCCCUAUUUUGAUUGAAUACAUGACCAUACUGUUUUAUGUUGACAUUGUUGCCAUGGUUAUGUGUUAAGUGCUAAAUGAACGGAAAACUUGUUAGUGUUUUGUUGAUGGGCCUUCUGUUCAAAUCCUACCGUAAUUCUAAAGUAAAUUUCAAACUGUUGAGACCUGAGCAUGUCAUGUUUGGACAAUGGUGGGAUCUAAAUGACAGAUGUCUUUGUUUGUGAUGGUUAGUGAUAUGCUUAUUUCACAAAUUCAGAAUACUGGUUCCCUGAGCCCAGUCUUGCAUGUGCAGACAGUUUGAUUGGUUAAGGAUAUGGUGGUCAAACAAGUAUUAUACAUAGAAUGAGACUAGUAUCAUGUCAUUCCUUAUUCUGUCAUCCGGCAGUUGAUAAUGAUUGUCUAUGAGAAUCACUAGUGCUGCAUCAGUUGUGUGAAACAAUCUCAGUACAGCUGUGUUGUAAGGAACAGAGGCCAGCACCUCAUUGUAUAAUCUGAUCUUAACUGUAGAACUGUUUAGACUUCUUUGAAACUCAGUUUGCAAAACAGUUAGCUCAACAACAACAAAAAAAGUGGGGGUGCGAAGAAUAGGGAUUCCUCAUGUUCCUUUGAUCUUAAGACAACUUUUGACAGGAUUUUAGAUAAUAUAUUUAUAUUGACAGCCAUAGUUUAUGCGUGGAUUUUUCAACGUAUUUAUAUUCUGACACUGACACAGAUAUUUAUUUCUGAUUAACAGAAUAAAAUACCCACUGAUUUUUGGUUACAUGUAUUUUUUCUCACAAUUCAGUUGUGCAUAUUGUCUGUUGCAUUUAUUUACAAUGGAACAAUUUUAUAGUGGGUGUGUCUGUGAUUGUGGGCAUUACUCUCUGUGAUGAUCACAGAUGAUGAAGGCGCAGUAGUGUAAACGUUUACUGCUGUUCACUUUCUAAAUACAUUGAAAUACAUAUAUAUUUCUGUUGAUUCAUGACAUUUAACAAAGUGUAUUUAUAGCAUUGAUUCCUUGUUAUUCUGGUCUUAGAACCGUCAUUAGGAGACAAUAGUUGAGUUGAUAGAGUUAGCCAAUAAAUGUUAUUUUCUGCUGAUUAUUACACACACUUCUUGACAGGAAUCCUUUUCGUACCAGAACAGACACUGAUUGAUAAGGCAGAGCAAUGGUCCAUAUGCUGUGAGUCUCGGAGUCCACAGAGAGGUCCUUCACACAGGACAUUUCCAAUCUGAAUCUCAAGUGAAGUUUAGUGUGUUUUAUUGAAGGCUGGGGGGUGGGGUGGGGGGUGUCAGACCUAUACACAUGGGGUGUGGCCACGUUGCCUGGUCAAAGCUAAGCAAAGCAGUUUUCAAGUACACUCUAAUUGACUUACUGGUUCAUGAUUAUAUAAUCUGUAGUAUCAAGAAGGCUAUUUUGAAGACUCAGUCUACAAAACAUACAUUUUGAAAAAUUAUUUGUCUUUUUUGAAAUCCAGAUUUCAGUUUCCCACUGUAUCAGUCAGAUGGCCAGAGGAGGUGCAUUUCCAUGAACAGUUUCAUCUUUCACUGUUUUCCAGGCAGGCAGUGAAAAUGCCCCCCUCCCCUGAUCCUCUGCUGUGCAGGGUUAUGGUUGUACACUCUCCUUGAUGCUGAUGCUCUAUUCUUUUUAGAGGGGGUGAUAUUUGUUUAGUAUUUUUCAUCGUUAUCAACACUUUAACCGUUUAAAUUUAGGUCUGAUUUAUGGUGAACAUUUGGCGUCCUAAGUUCUGUAUAACAAUAGAACUGGCUACAUCAGUGCUUGAACUUCUAGGACCAGCUUGGGAAUCAGAAUGAAGGCCUCCUUCACGGCACACACAUUCCCUGAGCUUCCAUAAUGUUGUCCUAAUACACUGGUGUUAAGUGCACCAUGGCAGACUUCAUGGGUGGAGUGUCUGUAGUGUUAGUUAAUAUAGAAAUAGCCUUGUUUUUGUUACAGUUUGUUUUUUAUACAUGAAGUGCAUAGAUAGCUCAAUCAGGACUUACUGUCUUGUCUCAGGUGAUACUUUUUUGGGACCACAACAGACAGUUGUGUAUCAGCAUUAUUAUGUAUUGUGUCUUUAAAAUACAUUGUAAGUUUGUAAUCAUAUGUACAGCUUGCAACCAGGCAGGUGGCAUUGGGAGUGUAGUAUUGCUACUCAACCUGUUUGAUUGAUUGUUGUAGAAUUUACAGCCAAUAUAAUCAUGGUCAGUUAUCAGUUAAUGUAAAAAUACCUCAUGAGGCCAGUAAUUCAUUGAGAGAUCAUGGUCAGUUCCUCAUGAGUAAUGUUUUGUGUACAAUGUCUUUACAGUCAUGGCAGUUCUUGUCUGUGUGUUAGCAAUUGCUGUAUCCUGAAGAUGAAAUCCGUCUCAGGACGUUGAGAGCUGAAGCCAGUGUUUCCAGCUACGUAUAGGCAGUCACACAAACCCAGACCUGUUAUAUAACUCUGCUUGCUGGUGUGGUGUUCGGAUUCUUUGAUGUGUCACAUAUUCCUCAUUAGGACUUCUUCCUGGUUAAACCAUGAAUGUACAGACUUGCAGAGAGCAAUGAUUGAGAGUGCUGUUAUAUAAAUAAAUGGGCACUUCUUACUUCGUACCAGACUGUUAUCUUUGUUAUCCUGGGAUCAUGCUGCUCGCCAGCAGUGGCCCUGAAGAAGGUGAAUGAGGAGUAUGUUUGCUUCUGGAACUUGAAUUAGCCAGUACACCAAUUUACCCAAUAAUCGGUGAUUUCUCAUUAUUGGGACCACAUAUACUUACUUCCGUACCUCAACAUCAGCAACCUUUCUUGUACAUAUCUGAAUCAUGUCUGUAGUUCAUGCAGGAAUACUGUUGGGGGAGCUAACAGAAUGCUCAACUUCAUGACAGCUGUAUGUUUUAUACGUUCUGCCUCAGCUGUAUGUUUGAAAUAAAUUUCUACACAAGA